AUGGAUUUGUUGAUCCCUAUGAUCUUAGCGCUCAGCGAUUUCUUGAAUAAUGAAAUGGCGGAUAUGCUGAGUCGUUUGCAUUUGCAUGACGAUGAUGGUGACGGUGGUGAUAUAGGCGGUGGUGUUCGGGGGGAUCAAGUCGAGGAAGAAGUGUCUGCAGAUGAUAGGACUAUUUUCUUGACAUUUUCUAAGGGUAUCCCAUUUCUGAAAAGGAAGAAAUAUGGGGAAUUUUUUGAUGCUAUCCAUAUGCAAGAAGUACAAGUAGCGGAUCAGCAGCCUUUAUAUGCCCGCCUUGUGGUUCGUUCCGCUUCUUUUAUUCCAGUGGUGCUCGAGGGACAAAGCAAGGCCAAAUUUUCUAUCAAUGGAAAACAUGUUUGGGCAAGAAAGUACGUGAAAAAGAAUAUUGUGAUAGGAGAACAAAGUUCACCAAAGGGUGUUUUAGCUACUUGA